AGAAUUUCAUUGCAGUCCGUUGGUACGUCUGAUAGAGGCAAUGAGUAAACCAACCAGCAAGUGGGUGCGGUUACAAGACUAAAAUAAAUUGUUCCAGUGUAUUAACUAAGAUUGUUUUUAAAUAAAAGAGGACCAAUCCCCGCGAAAAUGACGAUUUUGCAAUCCUGUUGGUCACCCAUCAUUUGGACAAACAACAUUAAAUCCGCCAGCAGAGCAAUUGCAUUUUACACAAUAGCUCUCAGUGCAGUAAUGAUCAUAUUUAUAUCGUAUCAAAUGCUCGGAGGUGAUUCUACACAACUUUAUAAUCCCCUUUUUGAAGCAGAUGUUAGAGGAUCGAUGCAGUGGGUGGGUGGAUUCCUGAUAUUCUACUUCCUCUGGAUGAUUAUUUCUUCCCUGUCAAUGGUUUAUGGCAUAAACAUUGGUGUCAGGGGCUGGCUGUUGCCAUGGCUCGUUCUCUGGUUUUUCCUCUUUCUAUUCCAAUUUUGUUUCGGUCUGUGGCUCUUGGGAGGUUAUUACAUUUACCUUGAGGUAGUUGUUCCUACGUUGAUCCUCUGGCUGUGGGGCGCCUACAAUCUCUACUGCUGGUUAUGCGUUCUGUCAGUCUACAAAGUAUUCGAAGAACUGCAGUCUCCGAAUAUCGAGUUACUCUGGCCCUAAAGAGACGUGCCUGAACAUAAAAUAAUUUCAAAUGAAUCUUUAUCCUAGGUUUACUAUUGCAAAUUGCCUGCUAGACGUUUUAUACAUAUAAUAUUUAAACUCCUGUACCGAUUGAAAUAACUGAAGACUGAAAAUGGCCUUGCAGGAGAGCCAUCCAUCCACAGUUGGUUAUUUCGGUGUUCACGUUACAGUUUAAAAGUGCAAAGCUGUUUUAAAUUGACGCUGUAUGUGUAGUUGAUCAAAAAUAUUUUUUAAUUAUUUUUUUAUAUGCAUUAAGUCGAGAGAUCUAAUCGAUAAUUUUAUCGAAUUAUUCCGAAAUAUUGAGGAUAUUUUGCCGUCCAACAUUGUCGGUAGCCAAUGUAAAAUUGAAAUAUCCUGUUGAAAUAAAGUUUUGGAUUUAAAAUUCAA